UUUUCGGGAGCGCAGUAUCGAGUCGGUCUCUCGCGGGCGCGUCUCCUCGCCGCUGUGGGUUUUUAUUUGAUCGACCUCGUGAAGCCCCCUUUUUCCAGGCGUGUCCCCCCCCCCACACGCCCCCCCCCCCACAUACACACACCUACCUCUCUCCCUCUCUUUCACGCGGAUACACGUUUCGAGGACCAAGACGCGUUUAUGGUCCUGGCUGAAGAUUCCACGAUGUCUCGCACGGACGAGGUUCACCGCAUGACGGAAAAUGUCUACAAGACCAUCAUGGAGCAGUUCAACCCCUGCUUACGGAACUUUGUUGCCAUGGGGAAGAACUACGAGAAGGCCCUUGCCAAUGUGACAUUUGCUGCCAAAGGCUACUUUGAUGCUCUGGUCAGAAUGGGUGAACUGGCCAGUGAGAGUCAAGGAUCCAAAGAUUUGGGGGAUGUGCUGUUCCAGAUGGCUGAGGUCCACAGACAGAUCCAAGUGCAGCUCGAGGAGAUGUUGAAAUCCUUCCACAACGAGCUGCUCUCCGAGCUGGAGAAGAAGGUGGACCUGGACUCUCGUUAUCUGACUGCUGCCCUCAAGAAGUACCAGACGGAGCACAAGAGCAAAGGGGAGAGUCUGGAGAAGUGCCAGGCCGAGCUGAAGAAGCUGCGCAGGAAGAGCCAGGGCAGCAAGAACCCCUCCAAGUAUGGAGAGAAGGAGAUGCAGUUUGUGGAGACCAUCAGCAGUAAGCAGACUGAGCUGGACACCUUCAUCGCUGACGGCUACAAGACGGCCCUGUCCGAGGAGCGGCGCAGGUACUGCUUCCUGGUCGACCGCCAGUGUGCCGUGGCCAAGAACAGCAGCGCCUACCACGGCAAGGGCAAAGACCUUCUGACCCAGAAGAUUCCAGUUUGGCAACAGGCCUGUUCGGACCCCAACAAGUUGCCAGAGAGGGCCAUGCUGCUAGCCCAGCAGAUGGGCUCUGCCUCCAUUGGGGGCACGAGCCCCCUGCAUACCUCCAAAUCCAACCUGGUCAUCUCCGACCCCAUCCCUGGAGCCGUGCCGCUUCCUGUGCCCCCAGAGCUGGCCGUCUUCAUGGGCAGUGGCCUCGGGCACCCAGCGAGGCUGAUUGGCCCUGAUGGCAUGUCCAUGGUCAAUGGGACAACAGGAGUCCAUGGGGAGGAGUUUUGGACAGAUGGAGGGACGAUGUCCGUGUCUCAAGCCAGGCCUUCGUCCCCUCAGACUCAGGCACAGGGUCCGCCCCAGUCUCAGCCUCAGAGACAGGUCAGCGAUGUCUACUCCAACACCCUCCCUGUGCGCAGGCCUGCCCCCGCCAAGAAUAAGAACCCAGUGGGUGAGACACGGACCCUUCCCAGAUCCAGUUCCAUGGCUGCAGGGCUGGAGAAGAAUGGGCGCGCUCGUGUCCAGGCCAUCUUCUCCCACGCCGCCGGUGACAACGGCACCCUGCUCAGCUUUUCCGAGGGCGACGUCAUUACCCUGCUAGUGCCCGAAGCCCGGGACGGCUGGCACUACGGGGAGAAUGAGAAGAACAAGAUGCGUGGCUGGUUCCCGUUCUCCUACACGCGCGUGCUGCCCGAGAGCGACAGCGAGAAGCUCAGAGUGAAUUUGCACCACGGGAAAAGUAGCAGCACAGGGAACUUGUUGGAGAACGACGGAUCGCUGCCCACCCCUGACUAUGGCCUGACCGCCCGACUGCUGGCACAGAGCUUAGCACAGACCCGCCCACGCCCCUACAGCAUGGCAGCCUUUGCCCCGCAGCCUGCUAUUGAGGAUUAUGACGGCCGCUUUGCCACAAGUGACAGUCCUGAUGGCAAAUUGAUUUCGACUGUGUGAGAACAGACAUACAGACAGACACAGACAGCUCCGGAUAGCACAGGGGCCUCUUCCUCCCCAUCUUUUCCCUCCUCUUAGCCUCCCUCCUCCUGUCCGCUUGUCUCCACCUCUCGUCCUCUGCCUCCACACACACCCCUUCUCCAAGUGGAAGAGGCCAGUUUCAUCCCUCCUUUCUGUCCUCUCUUCCUCCCCGGGUCCCUCCUUUUGCUCCCUCCGUCCGUCCUGGGUGCUGCUGCUGGUGGCGUCGGUGCGGACAGUAGCGGUUGGUGGGUGGAGGAUUGCGUUGAGCGAGAGAGCCAGAGCGGGCCCUACCUGCUCGGCAUGCAGCGAUAUGGACUCUGAAUACUCUUUAUCACUGAUCACAGUCCACCAUCACGGACUGAUCUCUCAAGAGACUGCCUUUGCUACUGCUUGUCUUUCAUGCAUGUACAUGGUUGUGUCAUUUUGUCAAACUAAAGGACAUGUUCAUGUACUGUACAAGUGCCAAACGACUUCAAUGUCAUUGUACUGAAAGCCACUGGCUGAAUGGCCUUUUUUUUAAGCACAAGUGGGCCCUGUGUUAUCAAGUUCCCACCCAAUAAACACACACACACACACACACACACACAUACACACACACACACACACACACACACACACACACACACACAUCUGCACACUCGCUCAAAAAAAGCUUUGUUCAAAGUAAGGCUGUGCAGCAGAUAACUGUGUUUCUGUUCCGAGAGAUCCCAUAGGUGGCGCUGUGCUUCCUCGUUUCAAUGCUAGACUUGAUUUUCUGUCCAGAGGGUGUGUGUGUCAUAUUUGCCUUACUUUGCUUUUCUUUUCUUUUCUAUCGAAACGCAUACUUUCUGUGCAACAAAGCGAAUUUUUCUAACUGAGCUUCAACAAUUCACAGUAUAUGUAUAGAUAUAUGUAUAUAAAUAUAUAUAUAUUCACACAUAUAUAUAGAUUAUCAAUUGUUUCAGUCAGUCCUCCAAAUUGAACUGUAUUAUGAUCAUUGCAAAAACAAUUUUAAUUAAAUUUGACACCCUCAGGCCCCACAGAAAGUUUGUUUUUUUCUUGGUUGAAUUAACUGCCAGUAUAGAUCAGAUGAAAUAAAAAAUACAUUUUCAUUUGUUCACUUUGCUGUUUCCUGAAGCGACAGUGAGUCGGGAGGGGUCUCUGAUCAUUUUGUUGAGUAUCCUCAAUUACAGCUGUGAAUUAGUUUUAGGGGGAAACGACAAAACCACAGCUUUUCUUUGCAGCUCUAACUGUUAUUUAUGAUUGUAUUCCCUGAGUGAAUAUGUAGUUUAUUUUUGUUUUUUGGUCUUUUCUUUUCCAAAUCUAACUUAUUGUCCUUGUAUGAAAAAAAUUACAAUAUUUGCAGAAACGAUGAGAAAAAACUACUGAUUAGUUGAAUUGUUUAUCUUAUGCAUGCUGUGGAGGGAAAGCAGAAAAUGUGAUUACUAAAAAUUGACCUUGAAUGUAUGGUGAGUUUUUACAAAGGUAUUCUAAAUAAAACAUAUCUCUAUAUAUUAAUAAACA